UACCUGCUCUGCACAACUGUUGCGUGGUAGUAGGUUGUUGAUAUGAUGAUUGGUCGAAUAGGCUACAGCACAGUUGAUAUGAUGAUUGGUCGAAUAGGCUACAGCACAGUUGUUUUUGAUCCAAAAUAAACAGUGUACAGCGGUAAUUCAGGUUCAGCACAAUGCUUCACAGGAAACCGUCAAACGUCUCAAACAAAGACCCAAAGAGCAAGACAAAACCAAAGCGCUCCACCAGCUUUGGCCGAUUUGACACCUUUAGACACCAACCAGCCCCAGUGAAGCCAGUGGAAAAUGGCGAUUCUUCGUCUGCAGAGGGAGAGCAGGUUGACAGUGGUGACCAUACCAGAUCAGGAGGUAUAGGGAAGAAGAUGAAGGCCAUCUCACUGACGAUGAUGAAGAGGAUGGGCAGGAAUUAUGCCAAAGCCCUGUCAGAGGAAAUGGUUGACGGGACAGAGAGAGAUGAAGAAGGAAGAGGGGAUAUUGUUAAUGGUGUCCAUUCAUUUCCAAAAGGACACAGAGUGUCCAGUCACUCCCUUGAAAGUCUCUACGGUCUCAACAGUGGACACAGCAAUUCCAGUGGGUUGACCAGCGGGUCAGAUGGCUUCAGUAACAGAGACAGUCUGAGGCUGGAUGAGGAGCUGCCCUACACAGGCCAGUUCUGUGGCAGAGCCCGGGUCCACACAGACUUUGUCCCCAGUCCCUACGACACGGAAUCACUUAAACUUAAGGUGGGGGAUGUGAUUGAGAUAAUCAGCAAGCCUCCUAUGGGUAUAUGGACAGGCAUGCUGAACAACAAGGUGGGAAACUUUAAGUUCAUCUACGUGGACCUCAUCGUAGAGAAGGUUCCUGAACUGCCUCAGAAGAUGAGGACACACAGGAGGAGCAGGAGACCCCGUCCCAAAACGCUACAGGAGCUCCUAGAGCGCCUCAAUCUGGAGGAGUAUGCCUCUUCACUGCUCCUGAAUGGCUAUCAAACAGUAGAUGACCUGAAAGAGCUGAAGGAGAAGUAUCUGAUGGAACUCAAUGUGACUGAUCCUGAACACAGACAUCUUCUCAUGGCAGCCAUCGAGUGCCUCCAAGAACCCCAAAGUGAUGGUCAGGAGGGAGAGUUAAACCAGGAUGCCAAGUCCCCGACUGAGAGUGUUAAAGCGGACCUGACCGACUGCCCCAGAGACUCUGGCUGUUACAUCCCUUCGGACUGCUCAGACAACAGCAAGGAGACAGACAUCCACCUGCCAGCACUGCACCAUCAUCCUCCCAUGGCUCAGACCUAACCUAAAAAUGAUCAAUGUGGAUCAAUGCAAUUCACCCAGAUCGUGAUCUAAUGUGAAAGCCCUUUUCUGCAUUACAAGAGCAAUCCUCUUUGCUUUCAUACUGCAUGUAGUAUCUGUAGCCUAUGUGGCUGUAGCACUGUAAUUGUUAUGCAUGAAGCUACUGUACACAAUUUCCUAUUCUAGUGAGUUGGAUUGGCUGCUGGUUUGUAAAUGUUAAUGAUGAUGUAUGCCAAGCCUUUUAAAUCACUGACAUUGGACCUGUGAAAUCAUAACAGUGGGCUAGGCUUUGUUUUUAGCACAAUGUGCAAUGUCAACUUUACUGUGUGUGGGCGUACAGUACAAGAGGUGCCUGUGGAAAUGGGAGAGAUUAAAUACAGGCAGGUCACUCAUGGUACAAGUCAGUAUUCAAUGUCCAUACAUGUCUGAGGAGGUCGGGAGAGGACGUGGAAACUGGCUCUAGGGGCAACAGUAAGUGCUGUUAUCUUUAAGUAGGUAUUGUGGACAGGUAUGGCAGCUGUGCAUAAGCAUCUGCCUGUGGCUCCAAAGGCUGCAUGUUUGAAUCCAGCAAUAGAAAGUUGUUCCUGAUAUUUUGCUUUAAGCCUAUCCCUAACCUUAACCCUUACCAUAACCAUUUGGUGUUAAUGCCUAACCUUAAGACUUCAGAGUUAAUACCUCAAAUUUAACCUUGGAAUUAUACAGAGAAGUAACUAAACACUUUGACGUUUGAUGUUUGGAAUAACUUCAAAAUGUGAUUAAGAAACAUGGAUGAACGUCUAAUUCUGAUGUGCGACUGCGAGAGCUUGUUAAUUAAAUGAGGGUUUAAAGGAU